AUGCAUCUUCCCCUCCUUUCCCUUCUGUUCGUCAGCGCUCUUUUGGCGUUCGACGUCCCUCUGUCGGGACCCGUUUCCAAUUUCAUUGACGACUUCUAUGCAAAUGAUUCUGACAUGAAUGUUCGGAUCAUCCGUCACCCGUCAGCUCCGUUUGUGUGAGUUUCCCAUAAACGGACGGAGAGAAAUGAGUUGAUUUCCAGGCACGAAGGAAUGCUUUAUUACUGGAAAGGUUACUAUAAGGGGACGCCUUCCUACCCGAAAAAAUGCACAUUUCUGGCUGACAAGAUUGAGUGGCCGUUCGGAAAUGUGACCUUCACAAACGGCACUAGUCCGUCUGGAGUGGAAUUCGGAUGUGGAAGAGAGACCCUUUGCAAGCAAUACCACUGCGAACACACCAUCUCUCCAGGACUCUUCUGGUAAACUCUCAGAAACUCCUUCGCAAGACAUCAAAUGACUUAUUUCAGGGUAACUCUUCUGGUCAUCUCCGCAAUCAUCUCCGUGGCCGUCUACGCUCGCUACUGGGUCGUCCGUCGACGUCAACCGCGGGUCGAUCAGGACAUCGAAAUGAAUUCCAUAUACGUGCCAGUGGUCGUCGCCGACCGCGGAGGACCGCCGUACCGCCCUCUUCGAGCAUAA